AUGGGAUCAGGUAAAACAUUUUUAAAAGAAUGUUGCAAUGAAUUUAGAUGUAUAUAUUAUUUAGUAUAUAUAGAAGAAUUAGACACAAAUAUUUUUGCAGUUAGUUUUACAGAAAUGUAAGAGGAUUAAAAGAAAACUUAAAUUCAUUCAGGAGAUCCUUUAUAUUGUUAAAAUUGUAAAGGAAUUUUGAAUAAACAUUCUAAUCUUAAUCUAUUAGUUUAAAGUGGUAGUAUUUCAUAAUAUAAAUGGAAUUGUGAAUUCUGUUCAUAUAAUAAUGAGAUUUAAAUUGAAUAGAAUGAUAUACCAGAGAAUGAAGAAGCUUUGUACUGUAUUUAACCUCAUCUCAAGUAAUAGAGUUAAAGCGGUUAAGAUAAAUGUUCAAUAACUUUUUGUCUAGACACAAGUGGUUCAAUGUCUACUACCACUGAAAUCAAAGGAAAAAUAGAAUGCUAACCAGGAUUAUCUUAAUAAGAAUACGAAAUGUUAAAAAAAUAUAUAUAACCAGAAACUCAGAUAUAUUUGAACAAAUCAAAAGAUAUCAGUUAUGUAUCAAGAAAAUAAUGUCUUCUUACAGCGAUAGAAUAAUAAAUAAAGAUGUUAAAAUAACAAAAUCCAGAGAUAGUAGUAGGAUUGGUUACAUUUAAUAAUGAAGUUGUUGUUUAUGGGGAUGGAUCUUAAUAGCCUAUUAAAUUUAGUGAAUAAUAAUUAUAUUAAGAAGUAUAAAUGAGAACAGUUUUAAGUGGAUGUGCCAAAUAGAUGAUGUAAAAUCCUAUUACAAAGUAGGCUGAUAAAUUAAUAAAUGUAUGUCAACAACUAUAAGAUAAUGGCUAGACUGCUUUAGGUCCAGCCUUAAUUUCUGCAUUAGAAUUAGCAAAAGUAGGAAAACCUGGAUCAAUGAUAAUUAUAUGCACAGAUGGUUUGGCAAAUUUAGGAUUGGGUGCAUUAGAUUGUGAAUCAAAUAGAAAAUUUUAUUAAGAACUUGGAUAAUUGGCUGCUGAAAAAGGAAUAAUAAUAUCACUUGUCACAAUAAAAGGAGAGGGAUGUAAAAUAGAUACAUUAGGAGAAUUGGUUGAAAAAACUAAUGGAAUUGUGACUAGAGUAAAUCCUGAAAGAAUAGGCUAAGAUUUUAGUAAUAUCAUUAAUGAUAUAGUUAUUGGAACUUAAGUGGAAUUAAAAGUUAUUUUACAUAAAGCAUUAAAAUUCAGAAGAGAAGAAAAUUCUAGGAUAAAAAAUAACACUUUAAAAAAACAUAUUGGAAAUAUAACAAAAUCAAGUAUUUAUACAUUUGAAUAUUAAUUAAAAACUGCUUAAGAAUUAAAAAAAGAAAAUAUUGAUAUAAAAAAAUUGAAAUAAAUUCCAUUUUAAAUUAGAAUUACUUAUACUAAUUUAAAAGGUGAUAAAAUGAUGAGAGUAGUAACAAAACUUAUGUAAACAACUUAGAAUAUUGAAGAGGCUGAAAAAGAAGUACAAGUUGAUGUGAUUCAUAAAAGAAUAGCUCAAAAAACAGCAUAAAUUGCAAAAUAAGGAAAUUAUGAAGAAGCUUAAAUAUAUAAUCAAUAUUGGAAUUAAUACAUAUAAAAAAAUCCUCAUAUUAAUAGUAAUUAAAUCAAUUAAAAAAAGAAUUAAAAUUUUUAAAAGCAUAAUGAAAAAUUGUCAACUGCUUUAAAAAAUUAAGAAUCACGCAAAUAUAAAUCAAUAUAAAUUUAAGAAAAUUAAUAGAAAAUACCUUCUAUCGAUCAAAAAUUUUUAUAAUCUCCACCUAAUUAAAUAACUUAAACUCCAGAUGAACCAUUUAUUUAUCCCUCAAUGUCAAAAAAAUUUUCAAUUACUCCAUUGAAAUCUUAAAAACCACCUUUGUAUACAGACAAGAAGGUUAAGAAUAUAGAAAAUUUAAAUCAAUAACCUUAAGUAACUAUUAUAACUUCUGAUGUUAAAUCAUUUACAAAAGAUAACAAAAUUUAAUCAAAUUCUAUUACUACAGCAGACUCAUAAUCUAAUUAAUCUAAAUUUAAAUCAAGCUAAAAUUCCAGUUAAUCAAAUGAAUCUGAUGAAGAUUAAGAUUAUACAAUCUUGUUUGGUUAUGAAAGAGCUAAAUUUUGA